UGCGAGCGGAACCUUCUGGGCUCUACUUGAUCAGGAUGAGCUCUCCCGACAUGAGGAUCAUUACUGUGAUCGGCAGUGGUCUGAUUGGCCGCUCCUGGUCCAUGGUGUUUGUGGGAGGCGGCUACACCGUGAAGCUCUACGACAACAAGCCAGAUCAGGCGGCCAAGGCUGUGGUGGAGAUCAGGAAGCAGCUGGAGGAGCUGCAGGAAGCUCACAUGCUGCGAGGAGAGCUGCACGCCACCGAGCAGCUCGCCCUGCUGAGCAGCCACGAGGACCUGGCAACGGCGCUGGAGGGAGCCUUCUUCAUCCAGGAGUGCGUAUUUGAGCAGCUUGAGGUCAAGCAGAGCGUCUUUCAGGACAUCGAGCGUCUUGUGGGGAAGGAAGUGAUCCUGAGCAGCUCCACUUCCUGUCUGGUGCCCAGCGAGGUCUUCCUCAAAGUGCAGAGCAGGAGUCGCUGCCUCGUCUCCCAUCCGGUAAACCCACCUUACUUUGUCAAACUGGUGGAGCUGGUGCCUCACCCAGAGACGGCAGCAGCCGUUAUGGACACCACCCACUUCCUAAUGACCAAGGUUGGCCAGGCGCCCGUCCGUCUGAGGAGAGAGAUAGAUGGCUUUGCCCUCAACCGAGUGCAGGCGGCCAUCAUUGCAGAGUCCUGGCGGCUGGUCCAGGAUGGCGUUAUCUCUGUGGAGGACAUCGACCUGGUGAUGUCAGAGGGGCUAGGAAUGCGUUACGCCUUCAUAGGUCCCAUGGAAACCAUGCACCUCAAUGCACCAGCAGGUCUGGAGGACUACAUGAAGCGCUAUGGAGGGGGCAUCAGGAGGAUCCUCAGCUCCUUCGGGCCUGUUCCAGACUUCUCCGGCAGCGAAGCAGCCAAGAGCAUCGUGAACGAGAUGUGCGAGCUGAUUCCCGGCGACCAGCAGCACCUGUCGGCCCGGAUCGAGAGGAGGGACCAGCUCCUCAUGGGUCUGGCCCGGCUGAAGAAGGACCAGUGAGACCAGCAUAAAUUGAGGAAACUUCGGAUUAUCACUGGAAGCAAUUACCAGAAACUGGUUAAAAUCAAUAAAAAAGAAUGACGUCC